AUGAAAGAUUUCAUGACACGGGUGGACAGGCAGCAGGGCGCCUUCAUGUACUCUGUGGGCUCCCUCAAAGUGCGCGGAGGAAUCUGGGUGGGCUAUGAGAAGGAAGGAUAUCGAGGCCACCAGUACCUGCUGGAGGAGGGCGAGUACCACGACUGGAGAGUGUGGGGAGGCUCAAACUCUGAGCUGCGCUCCGUUCGGGUCCUCCAGGCUCGAUUGUUGAAGAAUUGCGUUGACACGCCGCCUCCCAGGUGGGUAGCCUACUCCCAUGUGGACUUUUCCGGUAACCAAUACAUCCUGGAGAAAGGCUUCUAUAGUACGAGUGCCGACUGGGGUUCCCGUGACACUCGCAUCUGUUCCGUGCAGCCAGUUCGUUUGGCUCCAGCUGACGGUAACAGGACCAGAAAUGAGAUACUAUUGUACUCAGAACCGGAUUACAAGGGAGAGUGCCGUAUCUUCAACUACAAAGAGGAAGCCGCAACAGAAGAAUUCCAGACCAAGUCCUGCAGAGUUGUUGGAGGAAGCUGGGUUCUCUAUGAGAAUAAAGACUUUUCAGGGACCAUGUAUGUCUUAUCAGAAGGAGGCUAUCGCUCAUUAACAAGCAUGGGCUGCCCACCAAACACCUUCAUCCGCUCCGUCAAGGCUGUGCCGAUGAGUUUCUCAGUUCCAUCCAUCUCAUUGUUUGGACUGGAAGGGCUGGAGGGAAGGGAGAUCUCAACAGACUCUGAGCUUCUCAACAUGCAAGCGGAGGGCUUCAAUGACCACGUCCUUUCGGUCAGAGUCAACAGUGGCUGCUGGGUGCUAUUUGAAUUUGGCAACUAUAGGGGGCGCCAAUUCCUUUUGGAGCCGACAGAAAUCACCAACUGGCCCAAGUUCAGCUCUGUGCAGACGAUUGGCUCACUGUAUCCAGUCAGACAGAAGCGGCACUUUUUCCGCAUCCGGAAUGCAGACAGCCAUCACCUCAUGUCGAUCCAGGGCGGGGUGGAAGAGCUGAAGUCCGGACGGGUGGUGGUCACACCAGAGGCGGAGCCCAUGAGUGACAUUUGGUUCUAUCAGGAUGGACAAAUCAAAAAUAAGCUUUCCCCCAUCAUGAGUCUUCAAGUGAUGGGCAAUGUUGAGCCGGGAGCCAAAUUGGUUUUAUGGAACGUGACCCGGCAGCCCUCCCAGACUUGGAUGGCCCAGAUGAGAGGUCGACUCAGCAGCAUUACAUACCCUGGAAUGGUCGUUGAUGUCAAAGGUGGCCAAAGCUACGAUAAGGACCAUGUAGUGAUUAUGCCAGAGAGUGACGAGAGGUUAAGCCAACAGUGGGAGAUUGUACUGAUCAAUUAAGCCGCCACAGACGUGUUGCUCACUUUGGCAAAACUUCCACCCACAUUAACAGGCUAUCCCGCCCCCCCAAAAUCCCCGGAACCAAGAGCAAUCCCAUGCGUCACUUUUUAUUAAUUUUAUCGAAACCCGUUGUAUUCAUCAUGCCGCUCCCCAAAGAAUAUUCUAUGUUUGUGGUUUGUAGUAUACAGAGGACGGGAAGAAGUAUUCACACGUAGCUUGUGGGGGUAAAAGCUUCAGACUUUACCAUGUUACUUUUCUGAUACCUGCAGUGUACAAUUGCACACUCCACUCAACUAAUGCUUAAAAUGGACAGCUGAGAGAUAAAGCCAAAGAAUGGACGGUAUGCAAAAUACUUAAAAGCUAUUUUUAUAUUGUGUCAAAAUGUUUUAUGGUGUUCCUCAUCUCGAUGCAGCGUAUUGUAUACGAGUUUGUGGGAUAUGUAUGUCUGUUGCUAUUUUUUUUUGUGUGUGUGAAACUGCUACAGAGAAAUAUGUACCGAGAUAUCGAUAUAUACAUAUAUAGAGAGAGAAAGAGAUUAAUAAUACCUGCAAAAAUUACAUGUUCUUUGAUACUAAAGUCAUAAUAUAUAAAGGAGGGUGUGUUUUUAAAAUGCUAAUAAAAUUUAAACGCUGUCAAAGCGAAGAAAA